UUAAACGUGGUGGAUGGUGAUGUGAUUUCCUGUGGUUUUAUAUAUUAUGGUUCACUGCGAUCAUAUGAUUGCUUUACAUUUGAUAGUGACAUAAGUCACGCGAAAAUGAUAAAAGAGAAAUAAUGUCCGAUUUAAUACGAAAACGCGUUGCUGUCUUAUUUGUUAUACGAAAUGAAAAUUAAGAGACACGAUAUGAAAAGUAAGAGAUAUGAGUUGUGAAUAAAAUAAUUAGAAAGAUCAAAGAUACACACAUGUUUAUAUAAAGUUCAAGUAGUUAUGUACGUGUGGAUAAAUUACAGAACUCUUUUUAGCUGGAAGAAAUGAAUCGCAUUUGCAUUGCUAGGAAUAAUAUUGCGCUGUAGCAAGGAAUUUAUAUAAUGACAAGCCAUUAAAUAGAUGAGAUACAUCUAAUGAAAUCAUAAGUGUUAUGUUUUACACCUUGAUUUAUGCAUCCAAUUCUAAAACAAUGUCGAGUAUAUUAAUGCAACAGUUUGUCCAAAGACUGAAGUCGAGAAAUGAGGAGGCACGUAACAAAGCGGCACGCGACUUGUGCCUGUACGUCAAGAGGGAACUGCGAGAAGCGUCGCAGGAGGAAAUCACAGCCUUUAUGGAUGAAUUUAAUCAUCACAUAUUUGAAAUGGUGUCCGCCUCCGAUAUAAAUGAGAAGAAGGGCGGUAUAUUAGCCAUAGUUUGUCUUAUAGGAGCAGACGUAGGUAAUUUUAAUACACGAACAGUACGAUUUGCCAAUUAUCUUAGAAACUUGAUACCUUCCAACGAUGUGGGCGUUAUGCAAUUAGCCGCGAAGACUGUCGGAAAGUUAGCGCUAGUUUCGGGUACUUAUACAGCCGAGUAUGUCGAGUUUGAAGUGAAACGUGCCUUCGAAUGGCUUGGUGCAGACAGACACGAUGGUAGAAGACAUGCUGCUGUGCUCGUGCUGAGAGAACUCGCCGUCUCUGUGCCAACAUACUUUUUUCAACAAGUUACACCGUUUUUCGAAUUGAUAUUUAACGCUAUACAUGAUCCUAAACCGGCUAUACGAGAAGGUGCUGUGGAAGCUUUGAGAGCAGCGUUGGUAGUCACUGCUCAGAGAGAAACUGCGAAACAAAUGCACAAGUCUCAAUGGUACAAACAGUGUUACGACGAAGUAGUAGAUGGAUUCGAAGAAGUUCAUACGAAAGAGAAGGGCAUUAACAGAGACGAUAGGAUACACGGCUCGUUAUUGGUGUUAAACGAGUUGCUGAGAUGUAGCAAUGUUCAAUGGGAAAGAAACUAUGAGGCUUUAAUGGAGAGAUUAAAUGGUUCUACGCAAAAUGAAAAUGAUAUUCUUUCUUUGAUGCCACGCUUGAAGACAACGAUAGUGUCGAAGUGGGCUAGGUCCAGUCAGAACGCCUCCACGUCCCAACACACAUUAUAUCCGGCACACGAGUCGACUGUUUGCAGAUGUUUAAUGCAAGAGAGAUUGGAUGAUAUGUACAAUGACAUUAUGAAUCAAAAAAUAUCUAGAAGUCCGCACAUUCAACAUGCUCUUAUGAUGCUGUUGCCGAGACUUGCCGCUUUCAACAAGGAGAAAUUUAUAAGGGAUCAUCUGAAAGAAUCCUUGGCAUAUCUUCUGCUGAUCUUACGCAGUCGCGAGAAAGAUCGCUAUGCCGCUUUCACGUCAAUUGGUUUUAUAGCCGUAGCAGUGGAGGACGCGAUAAAUCCAUACUUACCGAAGAUCAUGGAAGUGAUCAAGAGUCUGCUACCGUCUAAGGAAACGCCGAGUAAGAAACGUACCUCCCUAGAACCCGCAGUAUUUGUUUGUAUCACUCUGCUCGGUCAUGCAGUCAAACAGGUCAUAGCUUCCGACGUUAGGGAUUUAUUGGAGCCCAUGUUCCAAACUGGAUUGAGUCCAAUUUUGACCACGGCUCUCAGAGAACUGGCGCACAGUAUCCCAUCCCUGCAGGUAGAUAUAUCUCAAGGUCUUUUGCGAAUGUUAUCUCAGGUUUUGAUGCAAAAGCCAUUGAGACAUCCUGGAGCCCCGUGGACAGUGACCAGUCCCAAUUCCACGGCAGAUGACGUUUCGUCGACGGUACUCGCGCUAAAGACUUUAGGCACAUUCAAUUUUGAUAAUAAUCCGCUGUUACAAUUUGUAAAGAGAUGCGCGGAUCAUUUUUUAACAUCGGAACAGGCGGAAGUCCGAUUGGAGGCUGUGAAAACGUGUUCCAGAUUGUUGAGAUUGACGCUGAAUCAAUCUGGUCCCACGGUAAUCACUACUGUCUCCACUGUUCUUGGUAAAUUGCUAGUGGUGGGAAUAACCGACACCGAUCCCGAUGUUCGACUGUGGGUAUUGGCAUCAUUGGACGAUUCCUUUGACGUUCAAUUGGCGCAAGCAGAGAAUUUAUCCGCGCUAUUCAUCGCUAUGAACGACGAAAUGUUCGAGAUAAGAGAACUGGCGGUUCGUACUGUCGGGCGACUUAGCACGCUGAAUCCCGCUUACGUUAUGCCGUCGUUGAGAAAGACUCUGGUGCAAUUUCUCACGGAAUUGGAGCAUUCGGGAAUGGGUCGUAACAAGGAGCAAGCCGCCCGAAUGUUGGAUCACCUGGUCGUCACCGCGCCGAGACUCGUUCGACCGUACAUGGAACCAAUCUUAAAAGUUCUCGUUCCAAAGUUAAAGGAAUCCGACCCGAACCCUGGAGUAAUAUUGGCCGUUCUACGUGCAAUCGGUGAUCUGGCGGAAGUCAACGGUGCCGAGAUGCAACAAUGGAUGCCUGAACUCUCAUCGAUAUUGCUGGAAAUGUUGGUAGAUGCCAGCUCGCCUGAGAAAAGAGGCGUGGCAUUGUGGGUCUUUGGUCAGUUGGUCGGCAGUACCGGCCACGUAGUGAAACCAUACAUGCAAUAUCCGACCUUGCUGGACGUUCUUAUCAAUUUCCUCAAGACCGAACAACAACCAAUCAUCAGAAGAGAGACUAUCCGAGUACUCGGAUUGUUGGGCGCGUUGGAUCCGUAUAAACACAAGAUGAAUCUCGGGCAAAUCGACUGCCAGUUAGACACGCUCAGCUCUAUGGCAGAUACCAAGAGCGAUGUAGAGAAUACUCAAGACUUGACCACUAGCGAAAUGCUGGUGAAUAUGUCACCAUCUACAUUGGAGGAGUUUUAUCCAGCGAUUGCUAUCACGACACUUAUGCGAAUUAUUCGCGAACCAACCUUGUCUCAACAUCAUACUAUGGUGGUACAAGCGGUGACCUUUAUAUUCAAGAGUCUCGGAAUAAAAUGCGUGCCAUAUAUCUCGCAGGUGAUGCCGAGCUUUCUGAAUGUCGUGCAUACGGCGGAUAUAAAUUUUCGAGAAUUCUUGUUUCAACAAUUGGCCGUUCUCAUUGCGAUCGUGAAGCAACAUAUACGAAAUUACUUGGACGAUAUAUUCACCUUGAUCAAAGAAUUCUGGACCGUGAACAGCCCGUUACAGACUACACUGAUACUCUUGGUCGAGCAGAUUGCAGUGGCCCUGGGCGCAGAGUUCAAAAUCUAUCUGCCGCAACUGAUGCCUCCGAUACUGAGAGUACUGACACACGACACGAGCAAAGAUCGCGCGGUGACGGUAAAAUUGCUUCUGGCACUACAGACAUUCGGAAAUAAUCUGGAUAAUUAUCUGCACCUCGUUCUACCGCCAAUCGUAAAGUUGUUUUACGCGAACGAUUGUCCGAUAGCCGUCAAUAAGGUCGCUCUUGAGACGGUCGAUCUCUUGGCAGAUACGCUAGAUUUCACGGAUUUCGCAUCGCGAAUUGUUCACACUUUAGUGCGUACGUUAGAUCAAUGUCCGGAGCUAAGAAACACGGCCAUGGACACGCUUUGCGCCGUCGUGAUGCAGUUGGGCAAGAAGUAUCAAAUUUUCAUUGUGUUGGUGCAGAAAGUUAUGACAAAACACAAGAUUGUCAAUUCCCGAUACGACAUUCUAGUAGAUAAGAUCCUCACCGACACGACUGCGACGGACGGUGAAGAUUUCUUGCUGAUGAGACUGCGACACUCGCGCAAUAAGAAUCGCGAGCUCUCCUUGACGCCCUCGGAAACGACUACGAUCAAAAAAUUACAUGUAUCAGCUUCUAAUUUGCAGAAAGCAUGGACGGCGACGCGGCGAGUGUCCAAGGACGAUUGGCUCGAGUGGCUGCGGUGCUUUUCCAUUGGUCUGCUUAAAGAGUCCCCGUCUCCAGCUCUAAGAUCUUGCUGGGCGUUGGCACAAACGUACGCCGUAUUACCGCGAGAUCUAUUCAACGCAGCCUUCGUCUCAUGCUGGACUGAAUUAAACGAGAAUUACCGGACAGAAUUAAUACAAACGCUGCAUCAAGCAUUAAUGGUUCCCGAUCUACCUACUGAAGUGACACAGACCAUUUUGAAUUUGGCCGAGUUCAUGGAGCACUGCGAUAAGGGCCCACUGCCGUUGGAUAACAAGAUUCUGGGGGAUACAGCGAUGCAUUGUCGCGCGUACGCCAAGGCCUUGCACUAUAAGGAAGACGAGUUUCACAAAAGCAGAAGCAGUAACGUAUUCGAAUCUCUGAUCUCCAUCAAUAAUAAGCUUCAACAGAAGGAAGCGGCCGAGGGCUUGUUGGAGUAUGUGAUGAAUCAACACAGUCAACAGGAUCUCAAAGUACAGAUACGUUGGUACGAGAAACUUCACAACUGGGACAAAGCGCUGCAACUAUACCAGGAACGUCUGGAGAGCGAUUCUGCGGAUGUAGAAUCCAUCUUGGGCGAGAUGCGUUGUCUGGAGGCUCUCGGCGAGUGGGGCCAACUGCACGAAGUUGCAACGAAACAAUGGUCGUCGAAUCAAUGCGAUGACAUCAAACAAAGAAUGUCGAGAAUGGCAGCGGCUGCCGCGUGGGGUUUAGGUCAGUGGGAAAGUAUGCAAAAGUAUGUCUCGCUAAUACCAAAGGAUAGUCAAGACGGAGCAUUUUACAGAGCGGUAUUGGCGAUCCAUGACGAGCAAUACAAUGUCGCGCAUCAGCUCAUCGAUAGCGCAAGGGAUCUAUUGGAUACCGAACUGACCGCUAUGGCUGGUGAGAGCUAUCAACGAGCGUACAAUGCUAUGGUGGAGGUACAAAAGUUGGCAGAAUUGGAGGAAGUGAUACAGUUCAAGCUUGUACCUGAACGCAGAACAGCUAUCAAGGCCAUGUGGUGGGAGAGACUUCAAGGUGGACAAAAAAUAGUGGAGGACUGGCAGAAGAUUAUACAGGUCCAUACGUUGGUGGUCUCGCCGCAGGAUGACAUGUACACGUGGCUCAAGUACGCCAGUCUCUGCCGAAAGAGCGGCAGUUUGAUGCUGUGUCACAAAACAUUGGUGAUGUUGAUGGGUACAGACCCAUCCUUGACUCCAGAUCAGCCGUUACCGACCACUCAUCCCCAGGUGACUUUUGCUUACUGCAAGCACCUGUGGGUCGGGAAUAAACGCGAGGAGGCUUACAAUCAAUUGCAGCGGUUCGUGCAAACUUAUUUGCAUCCAACGACGGCGGCAGUAACAACGAAUCAAGAUGACGAAAAGCAACACGAGAGCAAAAAGAGAGUGCUCGCCAGAUGCUAUCUCAAGCUUGGCGAGUGGGUGGAAGCCUUGCAGGGCAUAAACGAGCGUUCUAUUCCCGCGGUAUUAUCUUAUUAUGCCGCGGCAACUGAACAUGAUCCUACAUGGUACAAGGCAUGGCACGCCUUUGCCUAUACCAAUUAUGAAACUGUACUGUUUUAUAAGCAUCAACAGGGCAACGAUUCCACGCCCGCAGAAGCAGUUGUACCCGGGAACGGAACGCGCAAUAAUCUUUCGCAAUAUAUAUCUCAAUUUACUGUGCCAGCUGUGGAAGGAUUUUUCAGAUCCAUCAAUUUGUCGGAUGGCAAUUCCCUGCAGGACACUCUCCGUCUGCUGACACUCUGGUUCGACUAUGGUCAAUGGCCGGAAGUAUACGACGCUGUCGUCGAGGGUAUAAGAUUGAUAGAAAUAAACACUUGGCUGCAAGUAAUCCCACAACUCAUAGCCAGGAUCGACACACCCAGAGCGUUAGUUGGCCGUUGCAUACAUCAUCUUCUUAUAGAUAUAGGAAAAACGCAUCCUCAGGCUUUGGUUUAUCCGUUGACGGUAGCUUCAAAGAGCGCUAGUCAUGCGAGAAAAACCGCGGCUAAUAAAAUUUUGAAAAGCAUGUGCGAACAUAGUCCAACAUUGGUCCAACAAGCCAUGAUGGCGAGCGAUGAGCUCAUCAGAGUCGCGAUUUUAUGGCACGAAUUAUGGCACGAAGGUUUGGAGGAGGCCAGUAGAUUGUACUUUGGUGAAAGAAAUGUCAGAGGCAUGUUCGAUACUCUGGAGCCGUUGCACGCUAUGCUCGAAAGGGGGCCGCAGACUUUGAAAGAAACUUCCUUCAAUCAAGCUUAUGGAAGGGACUUGAUGGAAGCGCAAGAAUGGUGUCAUAGAUAUAAAGCGUCACGAAACGUUCGAGAUUUGAAUCAAGCUUGGGAUUUGUAUUAUCACGUAUUUCGAAGGAUAUCUCGACAAUUGCCGCAAUUGACUAGUUUAGAAUUGCAAUACGUUAGUCCGAAAUUGCUACUCUGUCGAGACUUGGAGUUGGCUGUACCAGGAAGUUACAGUCCUGGCCAGGCUAUAGUGAGAAUAGCCAGUAUUCAUAGCUCUAUGCAAGUAAUAACCAGCAAACAGAGACCAAGGAAGCUAUGCAUUAAAGGUAGCAACGGUAAGGAUUACAUGUUCUUAUUAAAAGGUCAUGAAGAUUUAAGGCAAGAUGAAAGAGUGAUGCAAUUAUUUGGUCUAGUUAAUACUCUCUUGUUGGGAGAUCCGGAUACUUUCCGAAGAAAUCUUACUAUUCAGAGAUACGCCGUGAUUCCAUUAUCCACAAACAGUGGAUUAAUCGGUUGGGUACCGUAUUGCGAUACUCUUCAUACUCUUAUUAGAGAUUAUAGAGAAAAGAAAAAGAUAUUACUCAAUAUCGAACAUAGGAUAAUGUUGCGAAUGGCACCUGACUAUGAUCAUCUUAUGCUCAUGCAGAAGGUCGAGGUGUUUGAACACGCGCUCGAACAUACACAUGGAGACGACUUGGCGCGUCUUUUGUGGCUAAAAUCGCCAUCGAGCGAGAUAUGGUUCGAUCGCAGAACAAAUUACACGCGUUCUUUAGCCGUGAUGUCUAUGGUGGGAUACAUACUUGGUCUCGGCGAUCGUCAUCCUUCUAAUCUAAUGCUGGAUCGUCUCAGCGGUAAGAUAUUACACAUCGACUUCGGAGAUUGCUUCGAGGUGGCGAUGACGCGCGAAAAGUUCCCGGAAAAGAUACCGUUCCGUCUGACGCGAAUGCUGAUUAACGCGAUGGAAGUGACCGGCAUCGAAGGAACGUACAGGAGAACCUGUGAAUCCGUGAUGUCUGUACUGCAUCGAAACAAGGAUAGUUUAAUGGCAGUCCUGGAAGCGUUCGUGUACGACCCUCUUCUCAAUUGGAGAUUGAUGGACAACGCAGUACCUAAGAGUAAACGAUCGGACGCACAGAGCAUGAGCGCGAGUAGCAGCCAGGAACAGGGCGAUAUGCUCGAUUCUCUUACUGCUACGUUACCAAAGAAGGGUGUACCGUGUAGCAUUGAAAAUGGAGGUAAAGCUGAUAAUAAUCAACCAGAAGCAUUGAAUAAGAAAGCCCUGACGAUUAUAACCAGAGUCAGAGAUAAAUUAACAGGACGCGAUUUUUCGCACGAGGAAAGUCUCAGCGUUCGACGACAAGUCGAUCUACUAAUUCAGCAGGCUACAAAUAAUGAAAACCUUUGUCAGUGUUACAUUGGAUGGUGUCCAUUUUGGUAAAAAUGAGA